AAUUCUUUAAAUUGAAACAAAUUUUAAAAAAAUGUUAUCAGAAUAUAAAUUUGAUAUAUUAGACAGUUUAGAUUUUGAUAGUGAUGAGGAACUUCCACAUUUUGGUAAUUGCCCAAAAUGCGAUAAUGAAUACAAUGCUCCUGCUUGGUGUGAUGCAUGUGACCAAAAAGAACUUGUUGAUAAAUUUGAUAAAUGGUCGACAGGAAAUGAUAAUAUUAACUUAUUAAUUCAGGAAUCCCAAAGAUUGGCUCCAGAUUAUUACAAUUAUUUGGAAUUUAUCCCUUACAAUCAUUUUGUAGAUAUUGAACGUAUAGCAGAAGGUGGUUUCGGAGUAGUUUAUAAGGCGACUUGGCUUGAUGGUAUUAGAAAAGCAAAAAAAGAAGAUAAUGGGAUUUGGAUCAAAACUCGUAGUGAACCAUGUACUGUUGCAUUAAAAGAGAUUGAGGAAUCAAAAAAUAUUGAUCAAGACUAUAUUAAUGAGUUAAAGGCCAAUAUUGAGUUUCAUAGGUCAGAUAUUUGGAUGGUUUGCAGAUAUUAUGGAAUCUCACAAAACCCAAAAUCAAUGAAUUUCAUAUUAGUAAUGGAGUAUUUACCAAAAGGCGAUAUUAAAAAUGUGUUAUUUAAUAAAGGAAAAGACCGAUUGAAGUGGCAUAAAAAAAUUCAGUAUCUAUACUUUAUUUGUAAUGGCUUACGCGGUAUUCAUAUGCUUGACUAUGUGCAUGGCGAUAUUCAUGGUGGGAAUAUACUAAUAAAAUAUACAAGUGAUAUUUGCAUUACCGAUCUUGGCCUGUCUCGACCUGCAAAUUCUAAAGAAACUACAUUAUUAGGUUAUGAUUCCAAAUCCAAAACAUCUGGGUUAAAUGUUCCACACGCUGCACCGGAAUUAUUGUUAGAUGAUCCCAAAUCCAAAGAAUCUGAUAUUUAUGCAAUUGGUAUUUUGAUGACUGAAUUUGCCUCGCACAAUCGUGCUUUUGAAAAUUACAAUACCAAUGAUCUUAGGAUUGAAAUUUUCAAGGGCAUACGUCCUAAAUUUCCUCUUGAAACGCCAAAGUGCUAUGUCGAAUUAAUGGAAAAAUGUCUAGAUGAAGAUCCAAAAAAGCGCCCAACUGCUGAAGAAUUAGUGAAGACCAUAUCUGGAUGGCUCAAACUUGAUUGGAAAUCAAAAUCAAACCCAUUUAAUAUUGCUGAUAAACAAUGGAAUAAAAGUAAAAAAAAUCAUAGAUAUAGUUUAUUUUGCAUGCUUCAUAAAAAUAUUUUUUCUAUCAAUAAUAAGAAGAAAAAUCUUUGAUCCAAAUUUUUUUAAUUAGUUUUAUUUUUUAUAUAAUAUUUUAUGUUAUAUUUAAUAUUGAAUAUAUUUAAUAAAAACUUUAAAUUAAGAUUUGUCAUCUUGACUAACCUCCGAUUGGGGAAAGAAAAACUAUUUAUUAUUUCCCAUGAUUGAGAUAUAGAGAGUUGAGCUCCUUAGAAACUUGUUUAAUU